UUCACAACCACUUCGUCUCCAAGCUCGAGUCUUCAACUCGAAAUUUCGAACCUUUAGAAUUUCAGAGCGGUAGAAAUCACAGAGAGUGAUGGCGGGAAUCGGAGGGAGAUUGAUUCUCUCUCAAUUGCUUCUGAUUCUCUUGUCUUUAUCCAUCCCCAGUUUCUCUGUUGCUUACAGAGCAGGUGACACCGUCCCCAUGAGCAAGAUGGGCCUGUACCACUCUAUGAAAACCGACUGGCACGACAUGAUCGGUCGACAUUGCCCAAUCUUCGCUGUGAAUCGUGAGGUGUUGGUUCCUAUUGGGAAGCCGAUGGGUUACACUGGCGCUGAUGCCUACAAAAUAUCAUUUCAAGUUGGGAGAGAAAAGUUUUUGAUUCCAUGGCUUUAUCUGAUAAAUCGUAAAAGCUCAGAGGUUCCAAUGAUUGAUGUGCAUUUGAGAUACUCCGGAAGUGAUUUGCAUGGUGUCACCGCUAAAGUUGUGGAUAUGCCUCACCACUAUGUAGAAAUUCAUCCAGAUAUUCGUAAACAAUUUUGGGAUCCACAGAACUGGCCAAAGCAUGUGCUGGUCAGAUAUACAUGGGAGGAACAAUCAGAGAUAGACGUGGCUUCUGGAUUUUACGUACUAUUUGGAUCAGGUCUCACACUCUCUUUUAUUCUCUCAAUAUACGUCUUGCAAUCAUCACGGGACAAAUUUGCGAGGUUUGUGAUGGAGAGAGUUGCAGAAAGCAACAUGCCUGCUGGAGGUGUGGCAAAGGUUGAAUGAUAUAUAGAAACCCUCGAAAGCUUUCACUACAUGUCUGCAUCUACAACUCAAUGUUAUAGAGAAAUGAAUUUGGUUGGGGGAGGAGGUAUGUCACAGUGAAUGCAUCUUAUUACCUGAAUUCGCUCAAGAAGAGUGAAAUCCAAGCUAUGUAGAAGUCAGCAGAAUGAAACCCAAAUCCUGGAGACUUGGACAGAGUUAAACCUAGUCAGUGUUUUUUUUUUUUUUUUGAAAAGGUCAGGGUGGUUUUUAAAUAGUCUAGAUUGAUCUGGUACUGUUACAAACAUAUCUGUAAACUCUCACAGAUGUAUCUUAGGGAAGACAGUUCACAAUGCUAAGCAGAUGGUUUUUAAUUGUGGUUUCUUUGAUAAUGCUGUAGUAAAUUCAUCAAAGGGUGACACUUAACAUCACCGGUUGAUCCGUCCAGAUCAAGCGAGUUGAUGUGAGAUAAUUAUAAGGUUCAAUAUUCUUGAUGAUC